ACUAGGAGUAUUGACACAUUCAGGAAGCAGCAGUACAGCACAAUCUUCAAGUUGGGAGUCGACGUUGGUCGGAGCUGAGCAAGGUGUCAGAUAUUGGUCGAGCCGCUAUCUGGGGUCACACAGCACGGACACGUUGCAUCCUGGAGUCGAACCCGAGCCUUCAACGUGGCCACAAGUCCACAACACUAAGCUGUAGGACUACCUAUAUAGUGACGUUUCUGCCGCAGAUUCACCAACGAUAUUACAAGAACCAGAGGCCUUAUUUUACAAUGGCGAGAGCUGCCACUGAAAAGGGCAACAUGGGAGAAGAUGAAGAGACAAUCAUAAGAUUAAAUACACCUGCAAUAGAGGGAUGUUUAGAGGUUAAAGACAUCAACAGCAUUCUGCUCGCUAAAGGUAUUCUGGACUUCACUGAUCGACAGGAGAUUGAAUCAUCAUCAACACGGAUCGAGAGAGCAAAACGGUUUAUACACAUUAUCAUAAACAGGGGUCCAAACGCAUUUAAGGAAUUCAUAUUUGCUCUAAGAGAAAAGGGUUAUAAAGAUUUAGCUGACAGACUGUCUCAGGAAGAAACUGCUCAUGAACUGACCAGACAGAUCAAGGAUGGCCAAGGCGUGAAAAAACUUCACACUGAGUUGGAAGAGUUAAGAAUACGGUUGGGGCAUAUGGAAGAUAAGGCGGGUAAAACUAAACACGAAGUAGAUUCAAUGAGAGGUGGCAUUCAGUAUAUUGCUACAUCACUCGAAAAGAUUGAGACGUUGUCAAAGGAAAGUGAAACCGCUUUUACAACUAUACAUUUGAUGCAACAACAAUUGCAAAAGAAGGAUGAUGAGCUUACUGCUGCAAGAGAAGAGAUACAGAAAUUGAAGGCCGAUGUUCUGAAACUGGAACAGGACAACGCAGUUUUGAGAGUUGAUUUACAGCAUCAGUCAGAUAAUGUAAACAAACUCAAAGAUCAGAUGGCAACGGUGACCGACAAAAAUGUAUUUUUGGAGAAGGAAAUUAACAAUACCAAGAAACAACUAACAGUUGUCCACGACAACUUCACCGAGACUAUGGAGAAACAGAAGAAAGAGAUGGAAACUAUGAAGAAGGCUGUGCAGGCAAUGCAGGGUCCACUGACAUCAAAGCGCGUAGCUGUGGCAUCUAGACCCAUUGUUCCCAGAAACAGGUUCCAGAGAAAAUGAUGCUACCCUACGUGUCCAUGUGUUAUCAAUGAUGCGAUUACUGUGGUUGAUGAUCAAAACAUGCAGCAUAAUUGUUCAUUCCGAAAGUAUUAUUUGAAGGAUGAACUGCCAGUUUGUGAAUCAAUCAGCUCUGUGUGAUGAGGGCUCGCUUUGAAACUGAAACGGACAAUUUAAUGAAGUGAAAGAAGGUCUCCUCUUGUGAAAGACAGUAGUUUGUAAAGUUUUGUACUGUCGGUUAUCCAACGUAUUUAUAUUCAAGAAUAUAUAUUUUAUAUUUGUAUAUUUAUUCACUGGAAAUGUCAAGUUUCUUGUAAUGAUAUCAGAAAAUAUUACGCCAAUCAUCUUCCAUCGUUUAUAUCCGGUGAUGUUGACAUAGUAUUUAUUCAUGUCACAGACAACUAAAUAACAAAUAUUUGUAAGGUGUCUACUUACUUUUUUCACUCCACAUGACCGUAAUGAAGCCAAUACAACGACUCAUUGAUCACCCAAUCAGUCACUUUUAAGCUUGUUGGAGAAUAAUUUUGUUUACUUGCUUCAAACAUGAGAAUGGGGUGGUGGGGUAGCCUAGCGGUUAAAGCGUUCGCUCGCCUCACCGAAGACCCGGGUUCGAUUCCCAAAAUGGGCACAAUGUGUGAAGCCCAUUUGUGGUGUCCCCCACCGUGAUAUUGCUGGAAUAUUGCAAAAUGCGGCGUAAAACCAAACUCACUCACCCACUCACUCAAACAUGGGAACGUUGCAGAAAAAUAUAUUGGAUUUACUACGGUGUGUUUGUUAUCGAGACAGGGGACUUAUGUUGUUCUUAUUCGCACAUGAAAUUCUUAUGCUUUCAUACUGGUGAAUAAAUGCUGUUUGUAAAGCACUGAAUACGGCGCCAUUAUCUUAGACAUGGUUAGGCUUGGGUGGAAUAACCUGAAUUCAUUCACAAGAAUUAAACUGCAUGCGUAAAGGAUACAAUUUAAAGGCUGUAUAUUCAAUGCUGUCAUCAAAGAAUAGGAACUCUGCUAGUCCAAGCAAUACCUCACAGAAAAGUAUGAUACGUUAUAUAUUUGCUUAUCAGAAACCACACUGGUCUGUUGACACACCAGAUGAUAAGCACACACGUCACCAAGCCAAUAGACACAGGUAAACGUAGAGGUAAAGCUAUAUAAAAAGAGCGGGGGUUAAUUCAGAUAGUGUAAGUCAUAAAGAUAAUCACGUGACAAGCGCCCCGCAUGCUGAGAUACUCCUAAUCUCGUAAAACACUAAACAAAUAGCCAAGACCGGAAGC